AAAUAGUAUUGUCGGGUGGUUGAGGGUAUUCGCGCGUAUUCCUAGGCUUUCGGGUGCUUGCUAGUAUUUUCGCACAGUAGCCCCAUUCUUAAACAGAAGAAAAUUGUUGUUAUCAUAAGAAAAAGAUAAAAUAGUAGUCAUAAUGCACGUGAUCAAGCGAGAUGGACGGCAGGAGCGUGUCAUGUUCGACAAAAUCACCUCUCGGAUCCAGAAACUGUGCUACGGGCUCAAUGCCGAGUUUGUGGACCCUACUCAGAUCACCAUGAAGGUGAUUCAGGGCUUGUACAGCGGGGUCACCACCGUGGAGCUGGACACCCUGGCUUCUGAGAUCACCGCCACCCUCACCACUAAGCACCCGGACUAUGCCAUCCUGGCCGCCCGCAUCGCCGUCUCCAACCUGCACAAGGAGACCAAGAAAGUCUUCAGUGAGGUCAUGGAGGACCUCUACAACUACAUAAACCCCCUGAACAACCGACACUCUCCCAUGGUCUCCAAGGAGACCCUGGACAUCGUCCUGGCCAACAAAGACCGUUUGAACUCUGCCAUUAUCUUCGACCGAGACUUCUCCUACAACUUCUUCGGCUUCAAGACACUGGAGCGCUCCUACCUCCUGAAGAUCAAUGGCAAAGUUGCCGAGCGACCGCAGCACAUGCUGAUGAGGGUGGCCGUGGGCAUCCACAAGACGGACAUCGAGGCCGCCGUCGAGACCUACAACCUGCUGUCUGAGAAGUGGUUCACUCACGCCUCUCCCACACUCUUCAACGCUGGCACCAACCGCCCGCAGCUGUCCAGCUGUUUCCUGCUGGCCAUGAAGGACGACAGCAUCGAGGGCAUCUACGACACGCUGAAGCAGUGCGCCCUCAUCUCCAAAUCCGCUGGGGGCAUCGGGGUGGCCGUCAGCUGCAUCCGGGCCACCGGCAGCUACAUCGCAGGGACCAACGGAAACUCAAACGGCCUGGUGCCCAUGCUGAGGGUGUACAACAACACCGCUCGCUACGUGGACCAGGGCGGCAACAAGAGGCCCGGGGCGUUCGCCAUGUACCUGGAGCCCUGGCACUUCGACAUCUUCGAGUUCCUGGAGCUGAAGAAGAACACGGGGAAGGAGGAGCAGCGGGCUCGCGACCUCUUCUACGCCCUCUGGAUCCCCGACCUCUUCAUGAAGAGGGUGGAGAGCAACCAGGACUGGUCUCUGAUGUGCCCUAGCGACUGCCCGGGCCUGGAUGAAUGCUGGGGGGAGGAGUUUGAGAAGCUCUACACCAGGUACGAGCAGGAGGGCAAGGCCAAGCGGGUGGUGAAGGCCCAGCAGGUGUGGUACGCGGUCAUCGAAUCGCAGACGGAGACGGGCACGCCCUACAUGCUGUACAAGGACGCCUGCAACCGCAAGAGCAACCAGCAGAACCUGGGCACCAUCAAGUGCAGCAACCUGUGCACCGAGAUCGUGGAGUACACCAGCAAGGACGAGGUGGCGGUGUGCAACCUGGCCUCCGUCGCCCUCAACAUGUACGUGACCCCGGAGCGCGUCUUCGACUUCCAAAAGCUGGCCUCCGUCACCAAGGUCAUCGUCAGGAACCUCAACAAGAUCAUCGACAUCAACUACUACCCCAUCCCUGAGGCGGAGAGGUCCAAUAAGAGGCACAGGCCGAUCGGGAUCGGGGUGCAGGGCCUGGCCGACGCCUUCAUCCUCAUGCGCUUCCCCUUCGAGAGCCCGGAGGCCCAGCUGCUCAACAGCCAGAUCUUUGAGACCAUCUACUACGCCGCCCUGGAGGCCAGCUGCGACCUGGCGGCCGAGCACGGGCCCUACGAGACCUACGUGGGCUCGCCCGUCAGCAAGGGGAUCCUCCAGUACGACAUGUGGGAGAAGACCCCCACAGACCUCUGGGACUGGAGCGUGCUGAAGGAGAAGAUCGCCAAACACGGGGUGAGGAACAGCCUGCUGCUGGCCCCCAUGCCCACGGCCUCCACCGCCCAGAUCCUGGGCAACAACGAGUCCAUGGAGCCCUACACCAGCAACCUGUACACCCGCCGCGUGCUCUCCGGAGAGUUCCAGAUCGUGAACCCCCAUCUGCUGAAGGACCUGACUGAGAGGGGCCUGUGGAAUGAGGAGAUGAAGAACCAGCUCAUCUCCCAGAACGGCUCCAUACAGGGCAUUGCCGAGAUCCCCAGUGACCUGAAGGAGCUGUACAAGACCGUGUGGGAGAUCUCUCAGAAGACCAUCAUCAAGAUGGCCGCGGACCGCGGGGCCUUCAUCGACCAGAGCCAGUCCCUGAACAUCCACAUCGCCGAGCCCAACUACGGCAAGCUCACCAGCAUGCACUUCUACGGCUGGAAACAGGGCCUGAAGACGGGCAUGUACUACCUGCGGACCAAGCCGGCGGCCAACCCCAUCCAGUUCACCCUGAACAAGGAGAAGCUGAAGGAGGCGCAGCCCUCCGUCCCGCCCGUGGGCGAGGAGGUGCAGAAGGAGCGCAACAAAGCCGCCAUGGUGUGCUCCCUGGAGAAUCGGGACGAUUGCCUGAUGUGUGGUUCCUAAUGAUCGCCCACCCCCCCAUGUGUUAAUAUGUAAAUCUGUUGUAAUGCUUACACCUCUAAGGUGUGCUUCCUAAACCCCCCAUCCUCUCUGCAUUUUCAUCAGGCAGACGGGAUUUAGACUUUAAACCCCUAACCUGUCCAGCAUGCUAAGCACUGAUCUAGGAUCAGUUGUGAGGGAUGCAGAGGGGUUCUUACAAUUAAAGUCUACCUGGGAGUGCCCAGGUGAACAUUUAGCAUUUUGUAAAAUAAAAUUACUUAUAUAA